AUGACUGCAAUCCACAAUGUAGAAAAUGACAGCCUCCACAAUGUAGAAAAUGACAGCCUCCACAAUGUAGAAAAUGACCGCCUCCACAAUGUAGAAAAUGACCGCCACAAAAAUGUAGAAAAUGACAGCCACCUCAAUGGGGAAAAUGAAUGCCACCACAAUGUAAAAAAUGACCGCCACAACAAUGUAGAAAAUGACAGCCACCACAAUGCAGAAAAUGACAGCCUCCACAAUGGUGAAAAUGACAGCCUCCACAAUGUAGAAAAUGACCACCACCACAAUGUAGAAAAUGACCACCACCACAAUGUAGAAAAUGACCACCACCACAAUGUAGAAAAUGACCACCACCACAAUGUAGAAAAUGACCACCACCACAAUGUAGAAAAUGACCACCACCACAAUGCAGAAAAUGACCACCACCACAAUGCAGAAAAUGACCACCACCACAAUGGUGAAAUUGAUCACCACCACAAUGCAGAAAAUGACCACCACCACAAUGCAGAAAAUGACCACCACCACAAUGGUGAAAACGACCACUACCACAAUGGUGUGAUCCAGGGGUUUAAUGAUGUGGUGGUGGUGGAAAUGGUGGUGGUGGUGGUGGUUGUAAUGGGGGUGCUGGUGCUGGUGGUAAUGGUGGUGGUUAUGGUGGUGGUGGUAAUAGGAGUGGUGGUAAUGGGGAAGGUGGUAAUGGGGAAUGGUGGUAAUGGGGAAUGGUGGUAA